AAGCACCAACUCGGCACAUGGCAGUGACCAGCACAAGUGUGCUCCUAUUGUUAGUUGCCAAACAGCAAAAUUGUCCCGUCCCUUGAGUAGACCUUAAAAAACCAAUCAGAAAAUUUCACGUCGCUGUUGUUUCUGAUCACUAUUAACAACCUUGAAAAUUGCAAUACCAUUGAAUUUAUACCUUCAACCCAAAUUUUAGAAAACCGACAGCAAAUAACUUACUAGGUACUAUUGCUCCUCCAAUUCAAUGUCCCCCUACAAUUUUCAGUAAAAGAUUUUUCCCCCUUAAAUUUCAAUAAAAGAAAGAAAAAGAAGAAAAGGGUUUUUGAGUUUCUUCUUCUUCUCUAUGGAAUAAACAGUGGCUGGUGCUAAGUACAAAAUGUGCACAAGAAGGUGUGGAGCGUGGAGAUGCAGUGAGAAUGCUGGAUGGCAAAGUCCUUUGUGAGGAGUAGUAUCAUUAUGUGUUGAUAAGGAGGAGGAAAGAAAUCAUGGAGAGGAAGAGUGGAAAUGGAGGUAGGGUCGACGUGGGUCCCCCUAUGAGGAAGAGAAAAAGACAGGAAGGUGAAGAAAAUUCCGAAAAAAUGGUUCCUGGGAGAGUUGGGGAUGUGGGUCUUGAUGUUGAAGGGGUUCAAGGCUGGUUUAGUGAAGGGAAUUCAGAUGUUUUUAGGUGGUUUGACGAAGUUCGUGAAGCUAAUGGUGGUGAAAGCUUGCAGCUUUGGCCUGGAGAAGCUGCAUGCGGCAAUGGUGGGCAGGUUCUUGGUGGUGAAGCGGUUCAUGGUGGGUAUGGUGGAGAAUGUAGUAGAAAUGGAAUUUUAGGUCUUGAUGGUAAAGCCUUUAAAUUCUGGAAUGGUGAAGAUAGUGGUAAUGGAAUUCAGUUGGGCAAGUCUGGUAGGGAUUCUGGUGAAAAUGGUAACAUGGGUCUCAAUGAUCAAGGAGUUGGAACCCUAUUUGGUGAAGUUAGUGCAGUUAAUCCUGGUUUAGGUUCCUCUGGUGGGGCUAUCCAUCGCUUCGGUGGUGAAAACUGCGUGGUGAGUCCAUGUGGUGAAGGAAUUGAAGGCUUACUAGGUGAGGUCAGGGGUAGAGAUGGUAAUUCAAGGAAUGAAGGCAUCAAGGGCUUAUUUGGUGAAUGUGAAAAUGAGGCUAUGAGUGGAGGGCUUUCAGGUCUAUUUGGUGGAGUCAGUGGUGGAAAUGAGGGUUUGAGUUUUGGCGGUGAAGGGGUUCAGUGUUGGUGUGGUGAAGCUGGGUGUGCAAGUAUUGAUGGUAAAGGAAUUCAAGGCCUGUUUGGUGAAAUUGCAUUUGCCAAUGGUGGUGAAGGAAUAGAAUAUAAAUAUCAUGAGAAGGAAGAGGGUAAUGGUGUUCAAGAUGAGGAAAAACUUAUAAAGGGUAAACCGGAUAGGUCAAAAGGAUCAAAGAGUAAAAAGAAAAUUCAAGGUGAAGCACUAGACCAAGGUUCAAGUAUAGUUGAUGGACAUGAGAUGCUUAGUUCCAAACCUAAGCGAGGACGACCAAAGGGUUCAAAAAAUAAGAAUAAAAAUAGUAAAGGUGAAGAAAAUCAGGGCUUGUAUGACCAUCUUGUGAUCGGUAAUGAUGGUGGUGUUGGGACUGUUUUUCUAGGGGGUUUAGUGAGUGAGAAGAUUGAUCUUUUUGAUGGGGGAGAAAAGAAAAUAUCUGGUGAGUCCACUGAUGGUUGCGGACGAGAAACAGAGAAUGCCUGCAGGCAGGAUGGGUGUGGUUGGCCCGAGGGUUCAGAAAACAAUAACAAACUAGGUGCUGAGGAAUGCGCUGAAGGGACAAGCACAGCUGAGAUGGCACGACGAAAGGAUAAGGAGAGGUGGACAAAGAAUGAGGAAGGAAAUGCUGGAGCUAACGAAAAGCAACUAUUGCCAGGUGAAAUUUGGGGCAGCAAUGUUUCUGAUAUUGGGAUUGUUACCGCUUCAGGGUUGGAGAAUAUAAUGACCGCCCUUGAAGUUGUGAAGGAUGAAGAAAUGCUUGGUAAGGUUGCUGGGUUAGAGGGUGGAAAAGAUACAGUCGCAUCAAAAUCUAGGCGUGGCAGACCGAAGGGUUCGAAAAAUAAGAAGAAAAGUCUUGCAGGUACUAACCCAGAUAUGGCCGGUGAAACUGAAGGGACAAGCACAUAUGAGAUGGCACGGCAAAAGGAUAAGCAGAACUGGACAAAGAAUUCUCAGAAUAAGAAAGGAAAUGCUGUAGCUGAAGCAAAUCAAGUAUUGCCAGUUGAAAUUUGGGGCAGCAAUGUUGCUGAUCUUGGGACUGUUACACCUUCAGGGUUGAAGAAUCAAAUGACCGCUCUUGAAGCUGUGAAGGAUGAAGAAAUGCUUGGUAUGGUUGCUGGUUUAGAGGGUGGAAAAGAUACAGUCACAUUAAAGUCUAGGCGUGGCAGACCAAAGGGUUCAAAAAAUAAGGAAAAGAAAAGUCUUCCAGGUGGUAAUCCAGGUGUGGCUUGUGAAAAUGUGUAUGAUAAUGAUGGUUAUAAUAAGAUGAUUGGACCUGCGGGUUUGGAGAAUGAUCAGAUUAGUACUUUAGGUGAAGAAGAUAGAGCAAUGUUUAGGGAUCCCACUGGAGAUAAUGGAGAGGCCAAUGGAAUUGUUAAGCCAAUAGAUUCCAAGAACAAGCAUACAAAUCUUCUGGAGUAUAAUCAAGGAUUGCCUAGUGAUACUCGGACAGACAACAACAGUGGUGGUAAUGCGGAUAGACUGACAGGUGUAGUAUGUGGAGUGGCUACUCUUUUUAGUGUAGAAAUCAGGGGUAUGCCUGGUGAGGCCACUGGUGGUGGUAGACAGUUGAAAGGAACUAUAAAUGCUGAGGACCUACUGAAGGGCUUGAAGAACAAGCAAAACGAUCUUAUAGGUAAUAGUAAGGAAUUACAUUUUACUAAUAUGAAUAGCAACGAUGUAGAUUAUAAUUCAGUCAGGCCUUUGGAUUUAGAGAAUAGGAUGGCUGUUUUUUCAGGUGAAGAGUAUAAGGGAAUGCCUGGUGACAACACAUGUGAUAAUGGGAAGAGAAGUGGAACUGUAAGGCCGAAGAAUGGUCGUGGCCGACCCAAAGAUUCAACAAACAUGAAGGGAAAUCUUGGAGAGUAUAGUUAUCAAUUGCCUGAUAAAAAUGUGGAUAGAAAUGAUAUUGGUGAGAAUUUGGUGUCUGGUCAGGCCACUAGUGGAAUUGAUAAGGGAAGCAGAAUUAUUAAUUUUAAGGAGCAUGGCCUAUCUAAGGGUUUGAAGAACAAGGCAGAUCUUGCAAAUGAUUGUUUGGAAUUGGUUGGUGAAAAUGCAAAUAGUAAUGAUUUUGGUGAAAGCAUAAGAGAUGCUUAUCUAGAGAAUGAGAAGCCUGUUCUUUCAGCUGAGGAAGAUAAAUUGGUGCCUGGUGGGAUUAACAGUGGCACUGAGGGAGGGGCAAUCAUAAAACCUAAGGGUAGGCGUGGCCGACCAAAGGGUUCAAAGAAGAAGAAGAAAAUACCUGCAGGUGAUAUUCUGGAAUUGCCCACUCAAAUUCUCCGUUGUAAUGAUGGUAGUGUGAACACCAUAAAGAUAACUGGUUUAGAUAAUGGGAUGACUGCUUUAUUAGGUGGGGAAGAUAAAUUAAGGGUUGUUGAUUCUACUGGUGUUAGUGGGGAAGGAAAUGAAAUGAUCAAGCCAAAAGAUAGGCGUGGCCGGCCAAAGGGUUCUAAGAAUAAGAAGAAAAUUAUUGGAUGCUUGGGUGGAAAUAAGAUUAUACACCAAAAAAGAAAACGAGGUAGGCCAAAGGUUUCAAAGACUAAGCAGAAAUAUCUUUCACGUGAUGAAAAUGAGGGACUGAAUGGCAAUCUUGAGGGCUGCAACUAUGGGCAGGGCAUUUUUUGUAUAGCAGGUUUUGAGAAAGACAGGGGUACUGUUGUGGACAAGGAAGUAAGGAAGAUGGCUACUGAAACUGCUGAUGGUAAUGAAGCACGAUCUCAGCUAAGGGCUAAGCGAGGUCGACCAAAAGGUUUCAAGAGAAAGAAGUCAAGCACUGUUUCUGAAGAACAUAGUCAACCAAUGUUUCAAACAGAAAAGAAAACAGAAGAAUUAAUGGAUAAUCCUUGCAAGAGGCGUAGAGGAAGGCCAAGGAAAUACAACAACCUACCUGAAGUUUCAGACAUCACAGAGGGGAAAAGGAUAAAUAAGAGUUUGAUGUGCCACCAGUGUCUGAAGAGUGAUAGGGACGGUGUUGUUAUUUGUUCCAACUGCAGAAGAAAACGCUAUUGCUAUGACUGCCUUGCAAAGUGGUAUCCAGAGAAAACACGAGAGCAGAUAGAGAUUGCAUGUCCAUUUUGUCGUGGCAACUGUAAUUGUAGGGUUUGCCUCAAGGAAGAUGCAGUCAUGAUGGCUGGGAGUUAUGAACCAGAUAAAGAUACCAAAUUGCAAAAGCUUCUUUACUUGCUGCACAAGACUUUGCCUCUCCUGAGGCAUAUUCAGCACGAGCAAAGCGCUGAAUUGGAUCUGGAGGCAAGGAUUCAUGGUGUUCAAUUGACAGAAGAAGAUGUAACGAAAUCCAUACUUGAUGAUGACGAUCGACUAUACUGUGACAAUUGCAGCACAUCGAUUGUCAACUUCCAUAGAAGCUGCUCCAAUCCUGAGUGUUCUUAUGAUCUCUGUCUCACUUGCUGUGCGGAAAUUAGAAAAGGAUUUCAGCCUGGAGGUAAUGAAGCAGAAUCUUCACUCCAUCAAUUUAUUGAAAGAGCAAAUGGUCCGGAUUUGGUUGACCAGACAACUGCAAAAAGAAAAAGAUUCGGCUGGGAGACCCAAGUUUCCUAUCCAGAAAACAACUAUGUGGCUGAUUCAUCGUGUGACUUCCCUGAUUGGAGAGCAGACAGUGAUGAAAGGAUUCCUUGCCCUCCUAAAGCACGGGGAGGUUGUGGUACUGGGAUGCUUUUACUGAAACGUGUCUUUGAAGCUAAUAUGGUUGAGGAGCUGAUUAAGAGCGUGGAGGAACUUACUAUUAAUUAUAGUCCACCCAGUAUUGAUUUCUUCCAAGGAUGCCACUUGUGCCGUCCUUUCUGUUCUACUGACUGCAGAAUGAAAGAUUUUGAAGUGAGGAAGGCAGCACAUAGGGAGAAGAGUGAUGAUAACUUUCUCUACUGUCCAAAUGCUCUUCGGCUGGGAAACAAUGAGAUUGAGCAUUUUCAAAUGCACUGGACAAGGGGUGAACCUGUUAUUGUUAGAAAUGUGCUUGAAAAAACAUCUGGUCUUAGUUGGGAACCAAUGGUUAUGUGGAGAGCUCUUAGAGGUGCACAAAAGAUAUUAAAAGCCGAAGGACAAAGGGUUAAAGCCAUUGAUUGCCUUGACUGGUGUGAGGUUGAAAUUAAUAUUUUCAAGUUCUUCAGAGGCUACUUAGAGGGUCGUAGGUAUAGAAAUGGGUGGCCAGAGAUGCUGAAGCUGAAGGAUUGGCCCCCAUCAAACUCAUUUGAAGAAUGUUUGCCAAGACACGGUGCUGAAUUUAUUGCUAUGCUUCCCUUUAGUGAGUAUACCCAUCCAAAAUCUGGUGUUUUAAAUCUGGCAACAGGGCUUCCUGCUGUCUUGAAGCCAGAUUUGGGACCCAAAACGUACAUUGCUUAUGGAUCUGUAGAAGAACUUGGCAGAGGUGAUUCAGUGACAAAACUGCAUUGCGACAUUUCUGAUGCGGUUAAUGUACUCACUCACAUGAAUGAAGUGAAGAUUCCCAAUUGGCAAAGUAAAAUUAUUGGCAAAUUACAAAAACAAUAUGAAGAUGAGGAUUUGCAUCAGAUUUGUGAUGGGAUCCAGAACGCACCAGGUAAAUUUGGAAGGAAACCAUGGAAAAGACAUCAUAAAGAUGAGGGUACUGAUCCAGAAUUAUCCGAAAAAUUGGAUACCAUGGAGAGUGACUCCUCACUGGAACGAUUAUAUAUACAGGAAAUGAAAUUUGAUGAACAACAAAGUAAAUCUCAUGAGUUGGGUACUAGGGGAUCCUGUAGCAUUCAGUUUGCUCAAAAAUGUUCUACUUCAACAGAAACUAUGGUAACUGAAAAUAUCAAUGAGCAGUUGGCUGGUAGUACAGAUGCUAGGGUGCAAAAUUCUGACUUUCAGAUGCUAGAUUCCAGUUCCUUGUGGGACAAAGAUAGGAAGAAGAUGAAUAGUAUGAUUGAGGAACAGGAUGGGUUGAAUGGAUAUUCAUCGGAAUGUAGUGACCUUGUCAAGGAUGACUUGUUAUCUGAAAAUUUGAAAACAAGCACAUCUAAUGAUCAAGGAGUAGAUGAAAUCACUGGCAUGGAGUUGGAAACAAACUGUUCUAAUUCUCUCAAUCACCAUGAUCAAUGCCCCAGCCUUGAUGUAGCAGGAGAAACAAGGGAUUUUGGGUCAGUUGAUUUAAAUAUGAGUACGGCCAGUAAAUCUCUUAAAGACAAUCACACUGCAAAGCUUCAAUAUGGUGGUGCUGUUUGGGACAUUUUCCGUAGGCAAGAUGUACCCAAGCUAAUUGAGUACUUGAAGAAGCAUCAAAAAGAAUUUCGCCAUAUCAGUAAUCUUGCUGUGAACUCUGUUAUUCAUCCUAUUCAUGAUCAAACCUUUUACCUAAAUGAGAGACAUAAAAGGCUGCUGAAGGAGGAGUUCAAUGUUGAACCUUGGACGUUUGAGCAACACCUUGGCGAGGCAGUUUUCAUUCCAGCAGGAUGUCCACAUCAAGUUAGAAAUAGACAGUCAUGCAUAAAAGUUGCCCUUGAUUUUGUAUCCCCUGACAAUGUUCAAGAAUGCAUUCGGUUGACAGAAGAGUUCCGCAUGCUUCCAAAGAACCAUAGAGCUAAAGAAGACAAAUUGGAGGUAAAGAAGAUGACACUGUAUGCCGUCAGGGCGGCUGUAAGUGAAGCAAAAAAUAUGACUUUUGAACUUGAGUAAGAUCUUUUUACUCUUGAUCUUGUUACCUUGUCAAAAUUUAUUUGUUCCCUGUUAGAAAGCAUAAUUGUGGAGGCCAAUAUAUUUUGUUGAUAUCUGUUUUGCACUUUUGUAAAGCAUAAUCAGCUUAAUCCUUGCAAUCUGAUGUAUAUUAGAGCAUCAUAGUGGAAAGCCGCUGGAUUUCAAUAUUAACCUAAUAGCUCUGAUAUUCUUUGUUGUGCAAAAUAUAGCAGUCGCAAAGUGAUUAUUAAUUGGGAGAAAUGCAGAUGAAUAUAUGAUGUAGGAUGGGUAGAAGGGCUGGCUAUUAUGGUUGAAUUUUGGGUUAAUUUGAAAGCUAGAAUUAAUGAGGACAAUUAGGGUUUAUAAAAAGGUGGGAUUGAGGAGCAAAACUAAAGAAGAAAAGGGGAGUUUAUUGGGAGGCUAGAAUGGUAGAAUACUUAGGUUAACAAUUAGGGCUUGUAUAGGAAUUUGUUGAAUAAGCAAAGAAACACAAAGGAAAGCUUGCAAGGCUAUUAUCAUAGUUAUUAAAGGUGCAAGGUGCACUAAGAAACAAAGGGUGCUGGAGCGGAGGUGCAAGACAUUUAUGAGCCCUCUCCUAGAAUGUUUUUGUAGAUUCCAAAAAUUCCUUGGUGGAUCAGGUCAAGGAUGACUCCGGAAAUCCAGGACAUGCUCGCUUCUGCUUAAGCAUGCGCCUGAGAGAGGUGAGGCAAAAAAGAAAUAUAAAUUUCAAAGAAAGUUAAAGAGUAUAUACCACAUUAUUUCUCCACAAAAACACGGUGAGAAAUCCAUAAAUAAAUUCAAGGAAUUGAAUCAAUUUAAUCAAAAGAACACACCAUAUUCAUAGUAAAAUUGUUGGAAUACUGGUCGCAAGCAACUUAAGGAAUUGGUCUGGUCAUAUUUUGAUAGAGUAAGGAAAUAACCAAAUAAAAAAAAAAUUCAAAGAAUUCUAGAA